AUGGUCGUAGGAAUAUUUGGUUCUUACAACUUCAGUAUCUUGGAGAAACCGGACGAGGCUUUUAAAAAGAAGCUAAAUCAGAACCCAUACUUUCCAUUCGAAGAAACUGCCACAAAUUUGUUUCGGUUGAAGGUACGAUCCGUGAAAUUUAUCUUUGGAUUAGUAAGUACAUUUGCCCUAGGAUUGACGGCUAUAAUAUUGUAUGCCACAAAUGGAAUAGAACUUGGAGAAACUUUGUUAUAUUUUGUGAUCGGCUUCUUGGCCUUGACCAGCAUAACUCUGUAUUACAAAGAGGAACGGACGCUGCUUUUGGAUAUCAAUAAUUCAACGUACGAAUUCUACCGUGGCGAUCGUCUGGUUUACCAGGGACACAAUCACAACAUUUACAUCCGAUUAAAGGGGGAGAAAAGUGGAAGUGGGGAAAUGUAUUACAAUGUUACCCUAAAUGGUUUUCAAGUUGACGAACAAAUGCUGACUUCCGCUACAAGAUCUAACAAAGAAAAAUUGCGUCGUCUCGGACGUCGGCUUGCAAGCCAUCUGAAUCUAAAUUACUUCGACUAUUUGGACAAAUCUAGACACCAUGUCAUUAGGCACAGGUGUCCUUAUUCCUCGUAUGUGAGUUUAACUAAUGCUUAGGAAAUUUUCGAUAUUGAGACACUUGAAUUUUCUGUUUAUUUGUGUAUUAUUUAUAUAUAUAUACGUGUAAGUUACAAUACAUCAAUCAUAGUCUGAA